UCCCAGCGCAGAGACAUGUUAUGCUGGAGCUGACCCAGAAAAGUGAAUUUUUCCCCUCAUGAGCUCACUCUGCAGAAACCUCAGCCCCUCAAACUCUCGCGGUGCUUCGCGUGCUCCCGCUCCAUCCCAAGAUAAAAAGAAGAGGGGCUCGCAUCAGAGGAAGGCUCAGCUGACGCGGCGCUGGUGGAGGCUGGCGGGCACAAAAAGAGGCAUGGAGCAGAGGUGAGCAUUAGUCCAUGGAUGGCCAAUUACACUCCUUUACCGCACACUCCUGCAGUGCACCAGCAUCAUGAUAAGCCCAAUCCUACCACAGACUGUGCUAUAGCUGCCGUUUAUCUAUUGCCAUGGUGAGAGAGAGCUUCUGGACCUUGACUCUGUUGCCAUGGUGACCCUGUAGCAAGAACCCUGGCGAUCAAAUAAAAAAAGAUCCAGGUAACUAUUUCAAUCUGCUGCCAUGGCGAUGCUGUAGAGACGCCCUGUAUAGUCAUAAGUCUGUUGCUAUGGUGAUCCAGUAGCAAAGCAACAGUCGCUAUGGGAACGUCCAGGAUGUUCCGCAUUUUUGUCGUCCUGGGCUCGGCCUUCAUGAUCCUUCUCAUCAUCAUCUACUGGGACGAUGUCGGAGCCUCUCAUCUGUAUUUGCACACCCCCAUCUCGCCGGGCCCCAAAAUCCCACACCCCCCUCCCCAGCAGCGGCCUCAGACCUCCCGAACCCCGUCCUUCCUGUCCGACAUCGAUGCCUUUGUUAACCAGUUCUUAGAACCAGGAACAGGUGAGCCCACGGACCCCGCCCCUGUUGACACAAGCAACCAGUCAGAGAAAGCAGAAGAGCGGUAUAUACCACGGCGGGAGUGGAAGAUUCACCUGACUCCGCUGGCGGCAGAACUCCGUGAGAGACAGGAGCAGCGGCGGAGGUUGCUCCAGGAGAUGUGUGCUAAUGACAGCGUGGUAUUUCCUGGCAAAAACCGUUCAUUUGAUGACAUUCCCAACAAGGAGCUGGAUCACCUUAUCGUGGACGACAGGCACGGUAUUAUCUACUGUUAUGUCCCGAAGGUGGCGUGCAGUAACUGGAAGCGGAUCAUGAUAGUCCUCAGUGAAAGCCUGCUGCAGGACGGUGUUCCCCAGAGAGACCCGCUGGCCAUCCCCAGGGACCUUGUCCACAACAGUAGCAUGCACUUCACCUUCAACAAGUUCUGGAAACGUUAUGGCAAGUUCGCAAGGCACCUCAUGAAGGUGAAGCUGAAGAAGUACACCAAGUUUCUUUUUGUUCGGGACCCCUUUGUGCGUCUCAUCUCGGCCUACCGGAAUAAAUUUGAGCUACGCAACGAGGACUUUUAUCGGCGCUUUGCACAGGUCAUGCUGCGCCACUAUGCCAACCAACCAACACCCCCUGCCUCCGUGGACGAGGCGUUCGCUGUUGGUAUCCAUCCCUCCUUCUCCCACUUCAUCCAGUACCUCCUAGACCCUCAGACAGAGAAGGAGAUGCCCUUUAAUGAGCACUGGCGGCAGGUGUAUCGGCUUUGCCAUCCAUGCCAGAUUCAGUAUGACUUUGUGGGCCACUUGGAGACGGCAGAAGAGGAUGCUGAGCACCUACUCCGCCAGCUGCGCGUGGACAAUGUGGUGGAGUUCCCCACCUCCCAUAGGAACCUCACAGCCAGCAGCUGGGAGGCCGAUUGGUUCAGCACAGUACCCGUGGAGGCACGGAGAGAACUCUACAAGCUGUACGAACCUGACUUCAGGCUUUUUGGAUACGACAGACCAGACUCGAUCCUCAACGAGUGACUCAAGUUUCUACAAAACUGACCCUACCACACACAGACAAAAUGUUUUUUUUAUGUAAUAAAAUUAUGCUAAACUCCAACAAUACUGACACCUCCCUUUGUUCUGGGCUUUGCAGAUGCGUUCCUCAGUCUUGUCUGAUCUACAACGAAUGUGCACAUCAUUAAGGACACUGCUCUAAAGAAGCACUCCGGUGUAGUGAAGCCAAGGAAUAGCUAUUGUUAAAUCACAAAGAUAAAGAGAAGCACACAAGUCAGAGUGGGAUAUGGAUUGUUUAAACAGCAGGUGUCCCUAACAUGUUGUACAUUCAGUGUAGUCCUUAAAUCAAAACUCCAUGCUGAGGGGCUUGCACUCCUAACGUUGAUGUCUCACCGCGCCUGGGAUUUGUGACGUCACAGCUCUGUGAUGAUCACACAGGCUUUGUAGUAGGACUUUGCGGGGAAACCUUUGCUGAAGUGAUGUCACAUAGCCGUGCUCCAUGUUUGAGAUGUCACAAAACCCUUUUUGGUUGUGAUGUCGCCACAGAUGCAGUGGUUUUUUUUUGUUUUUUUUUGUUUUUUUAAAUGUGGGCGUUUCUAGAUCGGUUUAAAAUGUAGUUGGACUAUAGCG